UCCCACAGGCCAGCGCCGGAGCGUGGGGCUUGUGCGGGUCUGGCCCCUCUCGGAGAGCGAGUCGUUCCCCAGCAGCUGGAUCGCGUUUCGGAGUGGGACGGGGGAGCGGCCUUUGUGCAAUUCCGCCCUUCUUUGGGUGACGCACAAUCGAUUUUACAAACACCCCCGCCCCCAGUUUAAAAUGAGUUUUGCUAUUUUGUGAACACAGAUCUUACUGACCCCUGAAAAGGGGUGAGAACACACUGCUAUCCUGUAACAGGCAAUACGCUUACAAGUGAGAGCCUUAGUGACCCAUCUUUUGCCUUCAGUUUAUCUUCUGUAAAUGCCCCAAGAUAUUUUAUAAUUGAGACAAGAACUUUGUGGUUUGGGAUGAGUUGCUGCAGCCAGAGUGUUUAUGAAGGGCGAUAUGCAUGGUGGUUCCGAUUGCGGAAGAUGUUAAUCUGGUUGUUGGCAGUAUACAUAGCCAUUCCAUUUCUAGUAAAACUUUGUCCUUCUAUUCAGGUGAAGCUGGUCUUCUUAAAUUUUGUGAGGGUUCCGUAUUUCAUUGACUUGAAAAGGCCACAGGAUCAAGGCUUAAACCACACCUAUAAUUAUUACCUUCAGCCAGAGGAGGAUGUAACCAUUGGAGUCUGGCACACAGUUCCCACAGCCUUGUGGAAAGAUGCUCAAGGCAAAGGCCAUCCGUGGUAUGAGGACGCUCUGGGAUCCAAUUAUCCUGUAAUCCUUUAUUUGCAUGGAAAUGCAGGAACUAGGGGAGGGGAUCACCGUGUGGAGCUUUACAAGGUCCUGAGUUUCCUCGGUUACCAUGUCGUCACGUUUGAUUAUCGAGGGUGGGGCGACUCGGUGGGCACGCCGUCGGAGAGAGGAAUGACCUACGACGCGCUCCAUGUGUUUGACUGGAUAAAAGCAAGAAGCGGAGACAACCCUGUCUACAUAUGGGGGCACUCCUUAGGCACAGGAGUCGCAACAAAUUUAGUGAGGCGCCUUUGUGAGCGAGAAACUCCUCCGGACGCCCUGAUCCUGGAAUCCCCCUUUACUAACAUACGCGAAGAAGCAAGGAGCCAUCCGUUUUCAGUGAUAUAUAGAUACUUCCCUGGGUUCGACUGGUUCUUCCUCGACACCAUCACAAUGAGUGGAAUUAAAUUCGCCAAUGAUGAGAACGUGAAAUACAUUUCCUGCUCGUUGCUUAUUCUUCAUGCUGAAGAUGACCCUGUUGUACCAUUUCAUCUCGGAAAGAAGCUGUAUAACAUAGCUGCACCAUCUCGGAGUUUCCGUGACUACAAAGUACAGUUUGUUCCGUUUCACAGAGACCUAGGCUACAGGCAUAAGUACAUCUACAGGAGUCCAGAGCUACCUCGGAUCCUGCGGGAGUUCCUGGGCAAACCCCAACAUGCCCAGCGCCACUGACUGGCUGUCGGCACAGGAGGCGCUUUCUGUUGUGUGUCUGGGUCAGUCUGCCAUUCGUUAGCGCCUGGCACUGCUGGGCUGGGAAUCCCGUCACUUGUCCUGCUGCGCAGCCGUGGAAGCCAGAUAAUUGAAGCGGAAGUUAGCUGGCUUCUGUAUUCACAUGGACAGAAAACACCACCCGCGUGCCCCAAGACAAGCCAAGCAGCCGCGGAACGGAAAGGGCAGGCGUUCCUACAACCGUGGAUCGGGACAAGUGGCGCGUCUGUUCCCUUCCUGAGCAGCGUAGCCGUUUGGAACACGAGGACUGUGCUUUACCCACAAGGAGGUGGCUACAGCUCGAUACGCUGCAGCUGCCUGCUGCCAGUUCCAGGGUGUGUCCUUUCUAGAAAUCAGUGUUCAGCCCAUCGUCCUCUCUCGGUAGCUUCCAGCAGGAAGGUGCUGGAGACCACAGGGAGCAGUGCUGUUUCACUGGGAUCCUCGUUGGCAGGCCGUUGGCGGGCGCUGCGGCAGGGCGAGGUACUUGCCAGAAACACACUUGCAAAUAAAGGAUGUUUUCAAAGAAGACGCAAUUAUUUAACGAGGGGGAUGCUGCAACAUUUCCAUUCUCC